UACUACCUUGUUUUCUGACAGUUCUCUUUUUUUUUACACCAUUAAAAAUGCACUCUUGCGUGCGUGCACUGUGCACCUUUUUCAAUGUGGCAAAGAGCGGGCUCCCCGCUUUUUAAUACGGAAAAUAAUACUUUUUUCAGUGUAUAUAUAGGUGCAGAAAUGUACAGCGCUUUACUGCUGUGCACUUGAGCUGUGAAGGACACGCGAAACAAUUAAAACGGGAAUAGAAAUCGGCUGCACACCUUUUCUAUUUUCCAGUGAUGCACAAUUAUACUUAUUAUAAGGUACUAACAACACGCACACAAACGAAAAAGAGUUAAGGAGGACGAGAAAGGACGAAUUUUAACAGAUGACCCGUCUCGGCGAUCGUCGGACUCGUUAUAAGUAUUUGGCACACAAAGGGAACGUCGAAGCUUUGUCCGUGGAUAUUUGGCCAGACUUUUUUUUUUACUGUUGUGACUGACAGAGUAUCAAGGACGUCGGUGGUCGUUUGAGAGAAAAUAGGACUGCUAACCACUUUACAAGAAAAGACACAUUCCAUAAGGCAAGAUUAUCGUUGUGGAACUCUAAAUUUUUUUUAUAACUUAUCUUCCGAGUCUUUUGUAAAAAGUAUUUGUUUUUCUAACUAAGGAAUAAGUGAAAUAGAAGUAAUUCUAAAAGGAAGCAUUUUUUAUGUGAGUUUUGAAAAAAGUUUAUGAGAUUACAAACAAGACUCAAAUGGAUACCAGUAGCGAGUAUGAUAGUCAACAGGCAUUAAUUGAGCAUCCAAGGACUAUUAUACACUUGGAUGUAGACUGUUUUUAUGCUCAAGUUGAAAUUAUCAGGCAUCCAAAGUAUAAGGGCAAACCACUGGGUGUACAGCAGAAAAAUAUAGUAGUCACCAGUAAUUAUGAGGCAAGAGCAUUUGGUGUUAAAAAGUGUAUGCCAGUGGAUAGUGCUAGGUGUUUGUGUCCAAGUUUAAUUCUGGUCCGUGGUGAGGACUUGACUCCAUACAGAAAAGUAUCUGCUCAAAUUAUAGAUCUGUUGCAUCAGUUUAGUCCAAUGGUUGAAAAGUUAGGUCUAGAUGAAAACUUUAUUGAUGUUACUUCAGUGAUUGAUGAGUAUGCAAAGCGGAUUGGUGACAAUUCAAAAAAUUCACAGCAUGAUGAAAAUACCACAAGGAAUGAUGAUGAUGAUGAUGAUGGGUCAUUGCUAUUUCAGGAAAUAAAAUCCUGCCAGCCAGUUGGCAAUAUUUUUGAAAAUCCGGAAGAAGAGUGUCCCUGUGGAUGUCAUUAUCGUAUAUCUGUGGCAAGUAGAAUCGCUAUGGACAUGAGAGCAAAUAUAUACAACGAGCUUGGACUUACAUGUAGUGCUGGAAUAUCACACAAUAAGUUAUUGGCAAAACUGGGUGGUGCUUUACACAAACCUAAUCAACAGACAAUUGUUUAUCCAUGCUCUGCCGCAGCAUUGAUGACAUCAUUGGGUUCUGUUUCGAAAAUUCCAGGUGUUGGACGUAGAACAGCUGAAUCUUUGACUGCUAACAAUAUUCUAACUGUUGAUGAUAUCCGUAGGACACCUCUGGAAAGAUUGCAAGUGAAAAUUGGCAAAGAACUGGCACGGAAAAUUAAAGAUUGUUCUGAAGGUAUCGAUGACUCUCCAGUUAAACCUUCGGGCAAGCCCAAUUCAAUCGGUUUAGAAGAUGGAUUCAAAAAAGUUUCAUUAGUUGACGAAGUGGAAUCUCGUCUUAGUGCCUUGCUGAGAAGACUGACUGACUUGGCAGCUGAGGAUGGCAGAAUUCCGGUCUGUGUGAAAUUAACUGUGAGAAAAGACGAUAGUUUAAGUAAGCCAGGUUCGUCAAAACGAGAAAGUCGGCAAUGUGCACUUCCGCAGCAUCUUGUACCGUCAAGCAAAGGCGCAAGAGGAGUACAAAAUUACGAUCACACGAAAAUUUUGGCGCUUAUAAUGAAGUUGUUUCAUAGAGUUGUUGAUGUUACAAAAACUUUUCAUUUAACACUGUUAGGCCUGGCAUUUUCAAAGUUUCAAGAAGAAAAGUCGUCGGGAAAGAGUAUCAUGUCGUUUUUACAAAAACAAGUAGCUGUACAGUCAGUUAUGGACAUAAGUUCUGAGGAAGGUUUGGCGGACAUUAAUUUAGGUUCUCCAAUGAGCAUAAGUCAGCAGGAUAGGAGCGAUUGCGAAGUGGAAACCGACGACGAGUUAAGAGAAAACAAAGACUUCGGUAUUAAAGUACAAUUUCAGUCUAAUUCUUAUUGUCGCGUACGCUCUCUGGACAGGGCGACUCCAAGUCCGAUCGAUGUUCGAUGUAGCGGUGAAGACGACGAGGACAUUCUUAGCGAGAUCGAGCCAUCGCCAAAGAAAACAAAACUCGAAGUUUGGUUGAGCGGAAGAAAAGAUUCCCCGAGCAAUGAAAUGGCUGAUUUAAGACUUAAUACUCCCUCAUCUUCCCCGAUUUCUAAAAGCCUACUGCAAGGUGGACCAACGAAUUUCAAAUCCUCCAUACCUAUUGAUCUUGAUAAACCAGCGAGUCAUUCCUGGCCUGCAAAUUCAAGCAACAAAAAGACAAACGAUAGGUUUAAGUACUUUAUAGCACAUAAGUGAUGAAAUAUGACAACGACUACAUGAUUUCUUAUGAAGCUAAUUGAAUUCAUUUUUCUAUUUUUUUUGUAAGUAUACGAGCUAAGACGUGGCCGAAAAUAGUGUAUGAAAGUCAUAUAUUUUUUACAUGCUUCCUGCAGGGCAGGACGAAUGAAUAAAUGUAGCAGUACACGGAUACACUGCAAAUAUUACUUUCUACAAAUUGUUAUGAUACAAAUCGUACCUAGUUUACUUGUAAAAUAAACUCUGAAUUAUCUCAAAGUAGUAAGAGUUACGUGAUUAAGAGAAAUAUCAAUAUUUUUUACGACCCGUGUUAAAUACAU